ACCGGAGACAGCUGUGGGCGUCUACUACGACACAUUCUUGAAAUUCUGCAUUCGGAGCAUGUCGUUUAUAACUUCCUCUCCAAAUUAUAUCGCAUCUUAUCUACGGACUUCAUCUUACCUCUUAACUGUGAAUAAACAUGAAAUCUUUGCAUCUGGACGUGAAGUUCGCCUACAGGACCUGGUCUAGCCGGCAACGUGGAACGCAUAUACUACUAUAGUACACAAUUACAAAACUCUACACCAAGUCUGUCUAUUGCCAAGACGAGCAAGGGUUCUUCCAUGUGUUCCGGCGAAACAGUCUACACCACCGCUCUUUCGUCAAAGGAUACAGGUAUCUUACCGGUUCUUCGUUAAUAAAAAUCAAACUCAGUCAAGCACGAUGUUUAAUUUCCUCUUACCCCCCAGAUACAGUUUGCUUAUAUCCAUAUGUGCCCCUCCAAUUUCACCAAACAUGAAACUCUUCCGUAGACGUGAUUUUCACACAUACGAUAGCACCCACUAUGGAUAUCGCAAUUUAGAUUCAGUUUCACAUGGUAUUUGGACUUGCAUUACCCCAGAAAAUUUGCAUCGCGGUCGUUUGCCCGGUAUCGUUCACAUGUCCAUGCCAUUGGAAGAUGUCACCAAUGAAGAGAACGAGAAUCUGGUGACACGCAUCCUUGCUGAUUCAUGGGAUUUAUUAGAUUUCCAGGCAAUCAAGGCCAUGCUGAUCCCAUCCGAUCUCUCUCUGGGAGAAACUCAUAUACUCCGUCUAAGUAAGGACACCCCCACUGCAGGCAUAGGCGACAUUGAGCAGAGCACGCUUAAGCUCGUCCUCGAUCUCGUUGAACAGGUCGCAAGGUAUCACUCGUCGGAAUGGUUGGAUGAGAAUCCCGACAAGGAUCCACGAGUAUUCCAUCUUGCUUGGGGAGAUCCUGCAGAAUUUGCCAGAUUAGACCAGGGCAUGCGUACUGCCAUGCCACUAAAGUCUAUAGUCGAUAACAAAGCGCACUCGGCGUCGGUUUUACGACUCAUGAGGGCACCGGGGCCGUAUGAGGGAGGUGUCGACUACCUAUUCGAGAGAUUCAUGAAAGUCGCCGUGUCCCUGCUCUUCGACACCAGUAUUGCCUUCUUGAAGGAAAACGAUUGUCUACCUGAAGGACGUUCGUCAGAUCAUUGCUCUUAUCCUUUGAUAGUUGCCGGCGGAUGUUUCGCUUUCAAUGAUGACGUAUGUAAAGAGAUGAUAGAAAUUCUCCACCCAACCUUGGUGCACUUAGUCCAAUUCCAUCGACGCAACAAGACGGUGGACUCAGAAUUACCUGAACACUGCGUGCUCUAUGGUCUUCAUUGGUCGCGCACACGCAUUCAGAUAUUCGCACACUUCCCUACUGAAACUGCUGCAAAUGUUGACCCCGCAAAGUGGAAGUUCUGUCAAGCACUUGUUGCGCAACAUUGGGUUGCUCUUGAGGAAAAGGAGCUCGCUGUUUACAGGGCUGUGCCGAUUUCCCCAGACAAUACGUUCUUAUAUCGAUGGCGACUCACCGUCACGUUAUUUACGAUUCGAGCCCGCGUUCGGGGGCUCGAGCAGCUCCUUCAACAGUCCGGUGGCUUGCCAAUCAAGAGGACGUCAUUGGACCUGCACGUACAUUCUCCGGAGCCUCUGCUUAGUAUCCAUACGCAUGUGCCGCAGACAUCUCACAUGCCUCAAUUCAUUCGAACAAUGCGUGGAUUCUGGAGGGCAUCGCGACUGGCCGUCCCAGAGGAAUGGAUUCCGAUCGAGGACGAAAUGGUAGCGAUCAACCCGACGCGAAAGAAAGGGAGCUGUAUCAUAGUCAACCGCGCUGUGUUGAUGCUUUCUAAGAUCGUAUUGCAUCCUCUCCGUCGUGUAUUGGAGCCUCUGUCUGACAAGGCGCUCUCAAGCCGUCACGCCGACCCUGCCUUCCUAGGUCCGGACUUCUUCCACCCAAUAUAUGUGCAGAGGUCCUUUUUCGAUUGGGCACAUUUGGAGGUGGACCCGGAUAGAUUGGACAAUGAUUCCAAGCCGCACCUAACAAGACUCUAUGAUCUGCUCAGUAUUGCGUGCAACAUCUUGGGAGGAAGUCAAUCUGCCAGUGUUCAUUCGCGAACGCUUUUGCGAACUUCUCCGAAUAUUCGAUCCGUUGGAAUCCGAAAACACGAUAUCCUUCAACAGUGCCGUGGAGGUCGACAGACAUCACCUUUAGUAUUGCCGCUGAUUUUGCUCUUGUGGUGCAAAAUAAUCACCCGAUCACAUGGCCGACUGUCAAACGCGCCGCUCAAUUACCCUUGACAGUUUCUAGUCCAGCAGUUGUACUCGGUCUACGGACAACUGGUUUCGACCUAGAUGGCUCAGGUAUAUCGAGGGAGGAGCUUCAUGAUCUGAAGCUUGUGAUGGAUCCGCAUCUGCCCAUGGUUGGCUUCACUUUAAGGCAGGACGACGUUGGUGCUAGUGAACCGGCAGCGUGGCCCGGAUGGGCGACACGGUUUUGCAUCUACCUGAAGGCAGGAUUCGUGCAUAUUGUGGCGUUCUUCCUCGCGUCUCAUGGACGGGUCGAUGUCUGCAUUGUGGACAGCCUGCCGAUUGUCCCGAUAGCGAAUAGUACUGUGGACCUGGAGAAUCGAGCCCGUCUCGCCAUCGCGUUGUUCACGCCCCAGAGGCAUGUUGUAUGCUUUUCGGAGCAAUGGCGGAAGUUUACUUGAUGUCAUCAACUUGUGCAGGAAGAACACGGCGCCAUAGUCGAGGUGACCGGCAUUUGUUCAAAAGGCCAUUCUGUACAUGGAGAUGUCGAUGAUGCGAGCCUAAAGUCCGAGUGCGAAGUCGGUGAUCUCGUAUUAGAAGAAAUAAACGAGAAACUAGAAAAUUGGGUUGACUAGUAUUGGGCGCGACGCGUGCAGCCGAGCCUUGUAAAAUCCGACUUCAUGAUGACUCAAGUUGAAUUUUCGUGCAACAUGUGUUCCGAACUCAUCUUCAAUGAAUAGUGGCAUAUCUG